AUGAACCCUGUUGAGUGGUUUCCUUUCUGCCUCUACGACCCUGGAAUCCAACCCAUGGUGAACGAGAUUGGAUCUUGGAUCUGUCCUCCUCCUCAUCAUCAUCAUCAUCAUCAUCAUCAUCAUCCUCAUCAUGCUGCUUUCAACGCGGUUCAGGCCUUUUCUCAGUGUCCUGCUGCGGUGGGCCCUGGACCGGACUGGCUCUGUCCCACUGGGGUCCACCCUAGAUCGGACUGGGUCUGUCCCCCUUUUUUGAACCCUGGACUGGACUGGGUCUGUCCCCCUGGUUUGGACCCUGGACUCAGCUGUGUCUGUCCCCCUGGGGUGCCCCUGGACCCCCGCCCACUCCCCAUCUCCGCCGUCAGAGAAACUGUCGUCCGUCCGUGA